AUGUCCUCUGUCCUAGCCGAACUCCAAAAACUCGUCACCCCAACACCGCCCCACCAACCCCCCCUGAACACGCAAAAAAACAAAGCCCAUCAUCAAUCCAACCCCAUCAAAACCACCUACGAGUCUCUCCCCAUUGACCCACCUCCCACUUUCCUCGCCACCGAACCAGGCAUCACCCCCGUCCCAACUCUCACAGAAAUCGACUGGGCCAAGACAGACCUACCUGAAAACAAGGGACUGUACGCCGUGGUAUUAGAUGGGGUGCUAACAAGAGACGAGUGUGACGAACUGCGCAAGUUGGCGGAGGGGAGUGUUCCGCUUGAGAAGUGGGUGCAUGAAGAACAAGACUCUACCGCAACAGCGACAAAAAAGACACCAUGGGCUCCAGCCCUGGUGAAUGUCGGACUCGGCUACGAAGUACUUACGCCCUCGUACCGCAACUCGUCGCGGAUCAUUUGGGAUCAGCAAGAGGUUGUGGAUAGGCUGUGGGCGCGGUGUUGCUUGGUUCCUGGGUUGAUGGAGAGGUUGGCGGUGUUGGAUGCGGGGAGGGAGAGGGAUGUGAAGAUUAUUACUGGGCGGUCGUUGCCUUCCCCUGCUGCGGAUGGGGAUGGGAAACAGGAGACGGGCAAGUGGGAGUUUGUCAAAGUUAAUAAGCGGAUGAGGUUUUUGAGGUAUGGGGAGGGGCAGUUCUUUAGAGCCCACUGCGACUCCCCCUACCGUGAACUGGACCCUAUCAACUCUGACCGUAUCAACGAGACGUUAUUCACCAUUCACCUCUACCUCAACGACUGCAAGUCAGAAGCUCCGCCCGACAAAAAGGACGAGACGGAAUUGGUCGGUGGUGCCACGGCGUCGUUGUCUGGGGACGAAAAGAGAAAGUAUGAUGUUGAGUGCAAGACGGGGAGGGUGCUGAUCUUUCAGCAUCGGAGGGUGUUUCAUGCGGGCGCGGAUGUGGUGAAGGGGGUGAAGUAUAGUGUUAGGACGGAUAUUAUGUAUCGUGAGGUUUUGAAUGAGCCGGAGGAAAAGGAGGUGGGGCAGGGAAGUGAGCAAGCUGAGAAGAAGGCAGACGACGACAAGCCGCUGAAGGAGGAUGAUGGUGGGAAGUAGGUUUAGUCGUCUUUCGUAACUCAUUAUCUGCUUUACCACAACUUUUCUAGCUCAAGCAAUCAACCACAAUCUCUCCCUAU